AAUUUGUCAAAAUCAAUAUGGCGAUUACUGUGCUCUUGCGUUCAUAUAUUUGUAUUUUGCCUUCGUCAUUUUGUUCUAGUGGCUACAAAACCUCAAGUUAAGUGUGUCGAGUUGAGAUUUAUUCUUCUCCACCUUACCGUGUAUUUGUGCUGUGGAUUUCUGUAGUUUCAGAACUUUAUCGCGACAGGACGCUUAUUUAAGUUUGUUUUGUGUUAAGAUUAUUAUUGUCGUAAUGCCCCGACUUUGUUCUUUCGGACGACACCUAGUGAUGUCACUAUGCACUCAUUCCCAAAACCUGAAGUUUUCUGAACGUUUCAAAGCUUGGGUUACAUUGGUUGGUGGAAAACUGGAAACAGAAGGAAAAAGUUCAAGGGGAAUUCUUGAGGAGCUCCCAGUUGCUCCUAAUGAAGAAAAUAGUCAAUUGUCAAGAAGUUCAGGUUUGUUUCCAACAAUGACAGAGGAAAGUUUGUAUUCUUCAAAGUAUGGCAACCAAUCUCAUGAUAAAUUGCAAUCUUCCCAAAUGUCCUCUUCAGAUAAAUGCUAUGGAGAAUUAAGAUUAUUAAAUAAACUAACGGAGGAACACAUUGAUCCUGAAAAAAAUAAUAAAAUGAGAGUGAAAUUAGCAACACAAGUAUUCAGUCACAGUAUUGCUGUAGUUGCUGAGCACCUUACGGCGCGAGGAGAUUUGCAAGAAGAGUGUCGUCAACUGGUGAACAUAACAUUAUUAAUUGAUGAUUUAUUUGACAGUCUAAAUAUCAACACGCUAAACAUUCCCAAUGGAAAAAUUUAUAAAGAAAGUGUAAUUCCUUCAUCCAAAAAUUUUAUAAAAACAAUUGAAAACAUGGAGGCAAUUUGGAAGGUUUUGUAUCAAAACUAUAGGUUAGAUUGUUUGUUGACUAACAAUUUAAAUCAAGACCCCAUUGAAAACUUCUUUGGGAAUAUCAGGAGUUAG